UUCAUAUAGUUCUAUCACGUGCACGUGUAUACGCACGUUGACAACCGUAACCAUAGCGUGCCGAGGGUAUAUAAACACUGCACAAGGUUCCAAUCGUCCCUUUACACUUGCUCGUGGACUUGUUUCGACCUGCUCCAACCUCAGCCUGUGGAAAGCUAAGUUUUGGAAAACAUUUUACUGUAAGCGGAUUUUACUUGAAAGCGACAACAAGUACUUCAUCUGUGGAUCGUUUGUACUUGUUUUUGUUUUUCAAGUUUGAAGAUGGCUCGCCGUGGACCCCGACUCAUCGACAGCCACCUGGACUUCGCUGCAGGGCGUCUUGACUAUGUGGUUGAACGCCCUGCGGAAGAAGGCCUUCCUGAAGUCAUCAGGAUCCUGGAUGACACUGAUACCCAGCGUAUCAGUGAAGGUGAGUGUGGUGAGUAUUUUUUCUCUCUCUCACUCUCCACCUCUUCUGGUGAAGCUCAGGACACUGAUACCCAGCGUAUCAGUGAAGGUGAGUAUCUUGAGUCUUUUUUCUCUCUCUCAUCUUUCCCCUCUUCUGGUGAAGCUCAGGACACUGAUACCCAGCGUAUCAGUGAAGGUGAGUAUCUUGAGUCUUUUUUCUCUCUUUCAUCCUUCCCCUCUUCUGGUGAAGCUCAGGACACUGAUACCCAGCGUAUUAGUGAAGGUGAGUAUGGUGAGUAUUUUUCCCCUCUCUCACCCUCCCCCUCUUUUCAUGAAGCACCAUAUGCUGAUGACGGUGAACAGGAAGGUGAGUACCCCCCCUACCUACCUGUAGAUGAUGAAGAGGUGAGUGAACAGUCUGACGAUUCAUUUGACUGGAACGAGUUAGUAGAGUGGGGGGAUUGGCUUAGCGAUGACUCGGGGUACGACACCAUGGAUGAGAGAGAUGAUUCCCCUCUCAUCCGGGAGCACCCUCCAGAGCCGUUUUGGCACGAUUGGCAACCCCCUAUUGCUCCAGGUGCUGCCCCAUCGGCCAGGCCAACGCCCCACUCUUCCCUCAAGUUGUUGUCCCAGUUGGAAAGAGAAGCCGAGAAGACCUCUGCCCCGAAGAGGUAA